CAGUUUUCUUCUUAAUUUGAGAACUCAGGGAGCUAUAAACCUGUGUGAAGCUGCAGAAAUGAAGUUCUUCAUCAUCUCCCUUGCCGUCUUGGCCCUCACAAUCUCCAACGGUGCUCUCGGUCAGGAGGCAGAGACGUGUGGCGACGAAUGUGACGAGAUGUGUGACGGACAAACCAAAUGCGAGUUCAUCGACGGUGUCAUCCCAGUGCUGUGCGACAGCAGCUGUUACAGACAGUGCAUGUACGACUGCAAGUGUAAGAAGGUAUGCACAGCUUUCUGCGACGGGGCCGAGGACUCGGCCUCGUGUCUGGCAGGUUGUCCCCAAGACGACCAAUGCAGUCAUUUAUACGAGCAGACGACCACUAGUAGUCAGGAAGACGGUGGCUCCAACGACGGUGGCGGUGACGGUAACGGUGGCGGUGACGGUGACGGUGACGGUGACGGAGAUGGCGCAGGUGGGAGCGGAGGAGAAGCCCCUGCCCCCACGACCGGAGAAGCUCCUGCCCCUACGACCGGAGGAGAAGCUCCUGCCACAACUGUCGGUUCAGGCGAAGGCGCUCCUACCCCAGCUGUCCUUGUGAGCGAUUGAGAAGCUCAAGCGACUACUGCUGCAGACUAGGCAAUGCCUUCAAUCAAUAGAAUUAUAACCUUGUUAAUCUGGGACUUGCGUAACUUGUGACAUUUGGAGAAUAUAAUCGCAAGAGCUGUAGAUGUGACAUAUGCAGCAGUGAAAAUGUGUUUUGUUGUGGUAGGCCUAUAUAUGUUAUGUUCUAUCCAUUUCUCAACUUUCUCCCUUCACUUUGAAAACCUCUUAGUCCCAAGAUCCAUGCAUUGCAUCACCCCCGAUUCAACUCUAAUGGGAGAUAUUAAAUGUACAUUUUAUAAUCAAACACGUUCUGUAUCCAAAAGUCUGCAAAAUGUAUAAAUUUUUUGACCACAGCCUAGUUUGCAUUUUAAGGCCAGAACUUGCUGUUCUGGAACUACAACAGUUCUCCGUUUCAAAGUACAGAGAGCAAAUCGGUAGCAUUGUGGUGAUGAAAGGGUUGUGGGCUUGCAUUACGUAUUUUGUCUAGUUAACCAGCUUUGCUGUUUACGAUUUCAAUAAUUUAUGAUAAUUUCAUUUCUAUGGCUCAACAGAGGCCGUUCUCUCGAUUCUACAUGAUGAGAAACUGUAUAAAUGAAGCACAGUUGUGUCUGGGUA